AUGGCUGGCUUGGUAAGCUACGCCAGCAGCGAUGAAGACAGCGCCGAUGAGCAGCCUCAAAUACAGGCCCCCCCGCCUUCAAAACAGACGCAACCUCAACCACAACCAUCACAGCCCGCGGUAGCAACGGCACCCAAACCCGCAGCCCGUGAGUCAAUUGACAACCAACAGCCCUCGGAGACAUGUCUUCUCACCUUUCGUACAGCUGCUGCCCCAUCACCACACGCGCCACGCGUCCCCGGCGCCUCACUCCCCCCUCCUCCCAGCAGUGCCUUACCUCUCGGCCCAUCCCUCCCGCCCGUGGCCCUUCCCUCUGCCUCUGCCUCCGCCUCUUCCUCUCCGUCCCCUUCGUCUCCGUACACCACCACCCGAUCCCUCAUCCACGACCUUACCCUCCCCUCCAUUCCCAACUUUGACAUUCCCCCCUCACCACCGCGCUCCCGCUCCCCGUCGUCCUCCUCCUCGGCAACCACCAAGAAAUUUGAGCAAUUCCUCUCGCUCAAGAAAACAGGUACUCAUUUCAACGCCAAGCUCGAGCAGUCGUCUGCGCUGCGCAAUCCCGCUUUGAUGGAUAAACUGUUGGACUUUGUCGACGUAUCGCCGCCGGGCGGUGGUGAUGGUGGUGGUGGUGAUGGACAAGGUCGACAGAAGGAAAAGGCGUUACAGUACCAGACGACGCUGUCGGCAGAGUUGUGGGAUCCGGGCGCGUUUCCAGAGUGGGCGUUUCGAGACAGGUUGCGGAGGAGCAGCGCAAAGGUGGCAAAGGAGAGAGAGAUGGCGAGGGCGGCGGGGGGACGGAGCAGCGUCGAUUUUGUGUCGGGGACGACGGCGGCGGCGGCGGCGGCGGCGGGAGGAGGCGGAUUGAGAGAGAAGCGAAAAGGCGGAUGGCAAUGA